AUGACGUCCAUCCUCUCUGCUCUUCUCUGCCUCGGGCUGAGUCUGGACCCAAGGACCCAUGUGAAAGCAGGGACUCUUCCCAAACCCACCCUCUGGGCUGAGUCAGGCCCUGUGAUUCCUUUUGGGAACCCUGUGACCCUCUGGUGCCGGGGGAACCUGAAGGCUCAGGAGUACCGUCUGUAUGCAGAUGGCAGUUUUCAGCACUUGGACACACAGAAAUCACUGGAGUCUGGAGACCCAGCUAAGUUCCUCAUUAAAGAAAACUAUGCACACAGAUAUACUUGUACCUACCUCAGCCACACAAGCUGGUCAGGGCACAGUGACCCCCUGCAGCUGGUGGUGACAGGAUCCUCUGAAGGCCCAAGCCCCCCACCCACACGGCCCCCCUCCACAGCUGGAGGCCCCGAGGAUCGGUCUCUCCCACCCACAGAGUCAGGCACACAGACGGGUCCCAAAUGGAACAUGAACAUCCUGAUCGGGGUCUCAGUGGCCCUGGUCCUGGUGCUCUCUCUCCUUCUUUUCUACCUCCGACACCGGUGUCAGAGCAAAGGCAGGAACACAGACAGACCCUAUGAAUCUGCUGGGGUCCAGAGAGGGGCUCAUGUCCAACCUCCUGCAGGGGACCACAAACCCAGAGGCCACGGACAGAUCAUCUGCAGCCCAGCUGCUGACACCCAGCAGGAGCCCCUCUCAUAUGCUUCUGUGAAGGACCUGCAGCCUGGGGAGAGCAUGGAGCUGGACCCUCAGGCUGCUCCACCCUAUGGCCUCCAGGAUGUGACCUACGUCCAGCUGAACCUCUUGGCCCUUAGACAGCAGACAAGUGCAUCCCUUUCCUCGUCAUCAGAGGAGCCCCCAGAAGAGCCCAGCUUGUACGCUGCUCUAGCCUUCCACUAG